UGGGAGGCCCAGGCCCGCCUCCUUCCUUCCUUCCUGGGGCUGGAGGGCGGCGCUCUUGGCCGGAGAGGCCGGGGCUCCCUCCGCAGGCAGGCAGGCGAGGGCGCGGGCGAGGCCUAGUCCUUGGGUCGAGGCUGGGAGGCAGGAUGCCCCUGUUGUUCCUGGAGCGCUUCCCGUGGCCCAGCCUCCGCGUCUACACGGCCCUGAGCGCCCUGGCCUUGCUGGGCAGCCUCUUCAGCGCCCACCGCGCCCUGGGCCCCGGCCAAGGCCCCCCAGAGCAGCCCCUGGAGCCAAACGGAGGAGGCCAUGCAGCGCCCGACGCCCAGCAGCAGCCUCCGCAGCCCCCCUCGGCCUCGGCCUUGGCCUCCUACCUGCUCUCCGACAGCCUCUGCGUCUGGGUGUUGGUGAAUACUGCGUGCUGUAUUCUGAUGCUGAUUGCGAAACUAAUACAAGGAAUCGUAUUUGGAUCCCUCCGUGUCAGUGAAAGACAGCAUCUCAAGGAUAAAUUUUGGAACUUCAUCUUUUACAAGUUCAUCUUUAUUUUCGGAGUCCUAAAUGUCCAGACGGUCGAAGAAGUGGUCAUGUGGUGCCUCUGGUUUUCUGGCCUUGUAUUUUUACAUCUCAUGGUUCAGCUUUGCAAGGACAGGUUUGAAUACCUCUCUUUUUCUCCCACCACACCAAUGAACAGCCACAUCAAAGUCCUAACCUUGCUAGUAGCUAUGCUGCUUUCCUGCUGCGGACUAGGCGUUGUGUGUGGCGUUAUCGGCUAUACCCAUGGAAUGCACACAUUAUCCUUCAUGGCAGCAGAGUCCCUCCUUGUCACAGUAAGAACAGUGCAUGUGAUUUUGCGUUAUGUCAUUCAUCUCUGGGAUCUCAACCAUGAAGGCACCUGGGAAAGCAAGGGGACGUAUGUUUAUUACACUGAUUUCAUCAUGGAGUUAACGCUUCUGUCCCUGGACCUGAUGCAUCACAUUCAUAUGCUGCUGUUUGGCAACAUCUGGUUGUCAAUGGCCAGCCUGGUGAUCUUCAUGCAGCUGCGUUACCUAUUCCAUGAGGUUCAGCGUAGACUUCGCCGCCAUAAGAACUAUCUCCGUGUGGUUGGAAACAUGGAAGCAAGAUUUGCAGUGGCAAGUCCUGAGGAGCUGGCAGCCAACAAUGACGACUGUGCCAUUUGCUGGGAUUCCAUGCAGGCUGCACGUAAACUCCCUUGUGGACAUCUCUUCCAUAACUCAUGCUUGCGCUCCUGGCUUGAACAAGACACUUCAUGCCCUACCUGCAGAAUGUCUCUGAACAUCACCGAUGCCCAUCGGGCUAGGGAGGAUCACCAAAGGGAGAACAUGGAUGAAAACUUGGCUCCUGUGGCCGUUGCUGAAGGCAGACCUCACCUGAACCAGCACAAUCACUUCUUCCACUUUGAUGGGUCCCGAAUUGCCAGCUGGCUGCCCAGCUUUUCGGUGGAGGUGAUGCACACCACCAGUAUCCUUGGUAUUGCUCAGGCAAGCAACUCUCAGCUUAAUGCUAUGGCCCAUCAGAUUCAGGAGAUGUUCCCCCAGGUCCCUUACCAUCUCAUUCUGCAAGAUCUACAGCUGACACGUUCUGUAGAAAUAACAACAGACAACAUUUUGGAGGGGCGUAUCCAGGUGCCUUUCCCAACGCAGCGUUCCGAUAGCAUCAGGCCAGCUUUGAACAGCCCCUUAGAAAGGCACAGCGCUGAUCAGGAAGAUACAGAGGAGGUUACUCAGUCUGAGAGAGUACCGCUGGAGCUCAGCUCGCGGCUGGAAGAGAUGGCAGAGUUCAAUGAGAUGGAAGCAGAGUUGGUCGAGACAGAAGAUUUUGAAGUGAGAGGGAGCCGUUUCUCCAAGUCAGCUGAUGAAAGGCAGCGGAUGCUAGUGCAGAGGAAGGAAGAUCUGCUGCAACAAGCUCGCAGGCGUUACCUCAACAAAACCUCGGACGACACAGCCUCCGACUUCUCCCUGCAGGCCGAAGGAGGGGCGUCCGACGCUGUCACCUUGCGCCGCAGGAUGUUGGCGGCGGCAGCCGAGCGAAGGCUUCAGAAACAGCAGCCAUCUUAACGCUUCCCGUCUCCUCCUGUUCCUUUCACACGUGAGCCACAUUGAUGCCAUCUUGUGCUCUCCCUCCCAACGAGGAGUGCAUCUUUGGAGCUCGGCAAGCUGUGUCCAGGACAAGUGAGCUGGCUGCUGCUUCACUGUAUAAAGCAUGUGAUAUCUAAUAAGUGUUUGGACAGCUGACAAAUUAACCUUUCCUGGGUAUUUUUUUCCCCUCCACAUGAUACAAACACACGUACACACACUGAUGCACACACACACUUCCCCUUCUGCAAACGAAAACGCCUGGAGACCUGGGCACGGGUCUGCUGCUUAAUGUGAAUUAUAGGGGACUGUGGAUGAGGAAUGCUGUGUCUGUCCCUUGGCUGCUUUUCGGCAGUGAGCUUGUCAGUAUAUCCCAUGUAAGCUCUUUUUAAGAGGGGACAGAACCAAUGAGAAAAGUAGGGUUGCCUUGCUGAAAGGAUGCUGCUGAACAAGCAAACAUCACUGCCAAGCCGUUGCGCAUUUCAAGAAGGAUGCUUUAUUUUUAAGGUUGUGUAUGUUUUUGCAGGGUGUUUUUUCUGAACAUAACAUGCCAGCAGGAGGAGACUUUUUUUAUUUUAGAGUGAGCGAAAGAUGUUAAGCUGAAGUGUUAAAGCAGUGCUCACUGAGCAAAGUGUGUGUUGCUCUUGGCCACCUUCCUCCCAAUAUGGACAGUUUGGGCAUUCCUGGUCUCUUUCUUCCAGGAAAGUGGUUUUUUCUCUGUGAGUUUCAUUGCCAGCAAAUGGUCAGUAUGGCUGAGAGGAGAAAAAUAGGAAUAAGGGGUGCAAGCCCAGCUAUGUUAGGCUUACUAAUUCAGCAUUUCUGUAAGCAGGUGAAGCGAUGCAAAACAAGAGUAUUGGGGUUUAAUCUCAAAGGCAAGCUACAGAGAGGGCUCUAAGGAGGAAUUAUUUCUUAACUGGAGAGACAGAGAGAGAAAGUAGCAUGCAAAAGUAUAUUUUUUUAAUCUUGCAUUUUGCAAUAACCCAUAUAGGCCCAUUAGGCAACUCCGACAGAGAGAGCUGAUAGAAUUGAAGGCUAUUAGACAUUAGGCUAGUUGUGGUCAAAGUAUUUUUUUUGCAGUAUUGUAAAACUCUGGUGUAGAUGUGUCGAAGACCUCUGGUCUUAGGAUGUGUAAAUGAGUUUUAUGAUGGCAGCCCAAGCAUUUUUAAGUGUUUGAGGAGUAUCAUUGUUCUUCAGGAAGUGCCCAGUAUUUAACAAAAACACACACACACAACCACAAUGAGAAAUCGUCUUUUUACUGCAGGUUUUUAGCAUUUUGAAGGUGACUAUGAGAAAACUACGAAUUGUGUGUUUAAGCGGAGAUAUAACUUAUUUCGAGAAAUCCCCUUUUGGGAAGCCUUGCCUUGCAACGCUGAUAGUAAACUUUGAAGAAGAAGAAGACUCUUUUCUUUUGUGAUUAUUUUGCUCAGAGCACAGCUCUUUGUUUAUAUUGUUUAAAAAAUAAAAUAAAAUUCUUGAUCAGUGUUGGAAA